GUCUUCCAAGAAGCAAUCGGCUAACGGUAGAAUUUCCAAAUGAAAAUUCUACUGGUCGUAAUAUACAUUCCUGGAUCCUUGGCAUUGCAGAAGAACCUACAACUAUAGCAACAAUAACUGAAGACCUUACAACUGAAGAGCCUACAGUUACAGCAACAGCAACCGCAGACCCUACAAAUGAAAAGCCUACAUCUGUAGCAACAAUAACCGAAGAGCUAAUUAUUGAAGAGCCUACAACUGAGAUUCCCGUUUGA